AUGAACGACCCAGGUCUCAACACCCUCCUCAAAUGGAGCAUCGAAAACUCCGCCGUAUCAGAAACCGCCGAGCCCACCCAACCACGCACACAACUCGAUCCUGCGCUCCUCGCGCAACUAAUGGGCGGGCCUUCAGACGCCGAUCGCAUGAUCUCAGCCAUGCAAGCCAUCCACGACCCCUCCGUCGACCACGAAAACAAAGGAAUAGCCUGGGACAACUUUGAGCAAUUGGUGGAGAAUCUAGACAAUGCGAACAACAUGGAGGCACUGAAGUUGUGGACGCCGCUGUGCGAUAUGUUGGAGAGUGCGGAGAAGCAAGACAGAGAGAUGGCUUGUUGGUGUUUGGGCACCGCGGUGCAGAAUAAUAUCAAGUGUCAGGAGCGUGCGCUGGCUGUUGGAUCCAUCCCCAAAGUCGCAAAGCUCUGCUUAGACGAAGAUGCAGGUGUGCGCAAGAAGGCCAUCCGUGUCAUCAGCUCCGAGAUUAGAAACUACCAGCCUGCUCUGGACGAGGCAGUCAAGUUCCUGCCUGCAGAGGUUGUUGGCGAGGGCAAAUUUGAUGCCGAGGACAUGGCCAGCGUGGAUGUGCUCGUCAACGCAUUGAGGGAGAGAAGUGCCAAGAUGGCUUAG